GCUGUAAUGAAGGGUUUAUAAAGUCGAACGUCUAACCACAUGACACACACAUACUGUGAAUAUGUUCUCUGGUCUUCAGAUCGAUUACCAGACGUUCCUGACGCUCUCAGACGAGGAUUUGAAGGAAGUGGGCGUGAACACAUUUGGAGCGCGACGCAAGAUGAUCCUCGCCAUCACGGAUUUGAGCAAAAAGAGGAAGUUUCCAGAAGUUUCCAGCAUGAAGUCGGGAUACCUGGAGGGAGGUGCGAGUGGCCGUCUCCCGCGGAUCAUGAACGAGGAUGCGGCUGCCAAGAGUAACCGCUGGUGACGGGACGCUGUGACCUCUAUAGUGCUUCCUAUAAUGCCCCUGGGGCCGGUUUGUGCUUCCUGUCAUGUGGCCCUCUGGGACCAAUCAAAGUGUGACAUGAUAGAUGAUUUCCAUAUAAGACAGAGAGGACAGAUGUGCUGUGACUCUCAGAGGAAACAUGCAGAGAAGUGUGACCUUCAGCGUGAACCGACCGACUGCCUGGCCAGAACCCACACUUAGUAUGCAAGUCUCUGACUCUCUCUACCUCUGUUUCUCUGUCUACUGCUCUUCUAUGCAAAACUUCUUUUCCUUUAUAUAUUGUUCAAAUAUGAGAAUACUUUACGACUAUGCUUUAAUGUCAGUUAAUUUGGGAUCUUCCAUUAAAUGAG